CGCAGCGUUCCGAGUCCAUGGUUCCCUUCACGAGUGUGGGGCAGCCGCCGGAGCACUUCAUGCCGCCCUCGCCGGUUCUUGACGGCGACGAGGCAUUCAAUGAGCUCCAUGCAGGCCCCGGCGGCGCCGCUGCCGUCGCCCCCUCCGCCAGCCUGCUCCCCGUGCCCACCACCUCCGGCGCCGCCGUCAGCACCGGCGCCGCCGUCAGCGGUGGACAGCGCAGCAAGAAGCGCCGUACAUCUGAUGAGGACAACGACAGCGUUAGUGAGGCAUCGUUGCUGGUGGAUCGGGAGCAGGAGGAGGAGCAGGAGGCGCAGAUGAACGGGGCUGCGGGCGCUGCCAGGGGCGGUCGGGGAGGUCAGCGUCAGCAGCAGCAGGGCGGCAAGCCACGCACCCGGCGUCGCAUGGGAGCCCGAGUGACACUGGACAGCUUGGAAGAGACCCUGGUUCGUGGCAAGACCUACCGCGAGUGGACCCUGGAUGCACGAGAGCUCAUGGCUCCGCGGCGCAACCACAGCCGCCUGGGCAGUGUCAACCCUUCUGCGGCGGCGGGUGUCGUUGCUUUCGCCGUUGGCAGCGUCGGCAGCGCCGCCGCCGCCAUCACUGGCGCCGGCAUGAAUGCGGCACUGGCGGCGGCAUUGGCGACGGGCGACGCGGACGCCGCCGCGGCGGCGGUGCUUCGCGCCCCGGCGGCGGUCAUGGGCGGCAUGGGCAUGGGCUGGGCGCCGCACCUAACGCGGCUGGUGUCGGCGGCGGCCGCAGUGAAGGCGGGGCUUGAUGAGGAUGCCAUUGUUGACGGCAACGCCGCCGACGUCCCUGCCAGCGGCGGCGCUGCCGCUGAGGGUAGGCGGUCCAAGCGUCAACGCACAACCAAGAAGGCUGACAGCCCAGAGCUCUCCACUGACACCGGCGGCGCCGAGGCGCCCCAGCGAAGCGCUCAGCCGGAGCGUUCAGUCGCCUCGGACGUUGAUGGGGAAGACGAACGGUCGCGAGGGGAGCAGCAGGGGCUUCACGAGCAGCAGGAGUACGACGGUAUUAGCAACGCGGGGGGCGCUGUCGCCGCGCCGGCAGACGACAUGGGCAUGGACUUGUACGGCGGCAUGGAGAGCAUGAUGCCGCCGCCGCAAGAAGAUGAGGAGAUGUUCGACGACGACAUUGAGAUCGAGCGAUUGCGACGAGACGACGGCGCCACCGACAGCGACGCGGAGCGGCAGCGUCGAGCCGCACUGGGCCUUACACCCAACGCCUCCGGCGGCAUGACGGUGCCUAGCACGCGACGCGGCAGCAGGGCCACCACCAACAGCAAGGGGACCAGCAGCAGUGGCCUGGGCCAAGAGGAGGAAAACGAGCCGACUAUCGGCAUGGCCGGGCGCAACAGCAACGGCCACAGGAGCGGCCUGUUCAGGUUCGGCACCGGUGCGAUCGAGGACUUGUUCCCCAUCGAGGAGGGAGAGGCCAAUCCCGAUAUGAUGCUAGACUGGGAGGAGGAGGAGGACGAGGAGGAGCAGGACGGCAUGAACCUGCUACCCGACACCGUGCCUGCGGGAAGCAACGGCGAGGGCUCCAACUCCUCACGCCGUCCCGCCUCCAAGAGCCGUCGUACCCGCACCGGUACCCUGCUUGCGGCCACCCAGACUGGCACGGGCACAGGCACAGGCACAGGCACAGGCACGGGCACGGGCACGGGAGGCGACAUGGCGGGGACGUUCCGCCUGCGGGAGACGGAUGGCGCGGCCACGCAGGCGCCGGGGCAGGGAUACGUCAGCCGUCACACCCAGAUGGUGAUCUCCAUCUUCCGCAAGCGUCUGGGCGUCCUCGCCACGCAGCUGCCCGCCUCAGCGGCUGCUGACGCCGAUGGCAGCGGCGGCGGCAGCCCCUCUGAGCCUCCGGGCCUGUCGUUCUUCAGCCUGGCCUCGCAGCUGCAACGCGCCGAGGCGGUCAAGCUAUUCUACCAAACGCUUGUCACCCACAACAUGGGCUUCAUUCGAGGCACCCAGACGGAGGCCUACGGCGACAUCACGAUCCGCGCUGGGCGCUUCCUGUGAGGGGGCAGCGCAUGUAAAGCCCAGGCAGCUUGUCCCGGGCAGCUUGGUUAUAAGCAUGGAGAAGAUGUCAUGUGAGGUGUACUGCGACGUGCGAGCGUUUGUGUGAAAUUGGCGAAUCGGGAGGUAUGAUGUAAAGGGGAGGGUUGGUGGUGUGUAUGGAGCAAGGUACAGUAUGUACAUGAGCUUGUUUGGUUCUGUUAUUGGGACAAGGAUGCAGUGUUGGUAAGUGUGAAAGCCGAACCAUGGGUCGGCGUAUGCAUGGAUGUCUGGACAGACGGCAGGAUGUAUGACUACAGUAUAACACUAGGGCCCCAACUGGGCUAAACGACGAUCGCUUCUGCCUAGGAGCGAUCGCUUCUGCCUAGGAGCAUGCAAACCGGAG